AUGGACGUUUCUUGGGACGCAGAUAACUUCGAGCCCAAACUUCCGACCACGUUGGCGACUUCCAAUAAAUGGGAGGGCGAAGACGAAGAUGAUAAUGUCAAGGAGAGUUGGGAAGAUGAAGAAGAAGAAAAGAAAGAUGAAGAAAAACAGGAGAUGACUCCUGCCCCUGCUAAGCCUAAAAAGAAGAUACAAGAUAAAAUAGCUGAAAAAGAGCGUCUGGAACGUGAGAAAGCUGAGCGGCUUGCAGUUGAGAAAGAAGAGGAGUUAACUCCAGAACAGAAGCUUGCUGAGAAGCUUCGCCAACAGAAGUUACAAGAAGAAUCUGAUUUAAGACUUGCCAUGGAGACAUUUGGUGUAACAGAAACUGGUGGUGGCAAGUUAGACAGUUUCCACCCGACAAAUAAGGAAGAAUUCACAGAAUUUGGUGAAUUGCUAUGCAAGAAAAUCAAUUACUACAAAUCAAAAGAAGAGUUCCCAGCUUUUAUUGAUGAUCUUGUCAAAGAUAUUGUAGUUAAUAUGUCAUCUGCUGAUAUAAGAAGAAUAAAAAUGACAAUAGACAAUCUGUAUAUUGAAAAACAGAAGGCAGAGAAAAAUGAUAAGUCAAAGAAACCUAACAAAGGAAAGGGCAAGGCAAAAUUAAAAGUUGAAGGAGACAAUGCGCAUCUAAUAUCAAUAUGA